AUUUCUCGACCACAGCCAACAACAAAAUCAUUUCAAACCACCACUUACAUCGUCUCUCGCUCUCACUCCCAUUCCCCACCUACACAUACACAACUACUGAUAUCGUCAAUCUAGAAUUCACUUGUUGGAUUUUGAUGUAGCUAUUUAUUCGGAUGUAGCCUCAGAAUCUUGACUACGCUUCUAUAGUUCUAUUCAUCUCUCUCUACAUUCUACAACAAUGCCUUCUCCAAUUCUCCUGCAAUUGCCCCCUCAAUUCCGCCUUAUCUUCACUGGAAUUUCGCUAUCGCAGUCCAAGCAAGAUUUUUCGCGCAAAUUGUUCUCGUGUCAGCCGCGGAGGAGCUGUGAUCCCCUGCGCAACGCCGGAGCUAAGGAAGUUGAGACUAUUAAGUGUUUCGCCGAGGAGAGAGAAAGUUCAGGUGAAGCUGUAUUCGAUAAGGACGGGGAGGAGGUCAAUAUUGGUCAGGAUUUCCCAAACGGUGCUGCUGUUCCGCAGAGGAUCCCGGAUUCUCUCUCACUUGGGAUUCGCGAGCCAGUGUAUGAGGUCGUGGAAGUUAAGUCUAUUGGGAUCGUAUCCACACGGAAAAUUAAUCGGAGACACUUGUUAAAAUCAAGUGGUCUCCGACCUCGAGAUGUUAGAACCGUUGAUCCAUCGUUGUGGUUAACAAAUACAAUGCCUUCAAUAUUGGUACGGGAAUAUGCAAUUUUGCUGAACUUGGGAUCUUUACGUGCGAUUGCAAUGCAAGAACGUGUUUAUAUAUUCAACUAUAACCGGAGAGCAGGAAAAGCUUUUAUUGAUGCGUUGUUACCCCGCUUAAACCCGAAGAACAUGCAUGGAGGGCCCUCAAUGCCAUUUGUGCUUGAGGUAGUUGAGGCAGCACUAUAUUCUCGAAUACAACGCAUGGAACAGAGACUAUUGGAUUUAGAACCACGUGUCCAAGGUUUGCUUGAGGUUCUUCCUAAUCGAUUGACUGCCAACAUACUGGAAGAACUUCGAAUCAGCAAACAAACACUAGUAGAAUUGGGCUCAAAGGCCGGGGCUUUGAAGCAAAUGUUACUUGAUAUCCUUGAGGACACCCAUGAAAUACGGAGAAUAUGUAUCAUGGGAAGAAACUGCACUCUGACAAAAACUGAUGAUAUGGAAUGCUCUGUUCCCUUAGAGAAGGAGAUAGCCGAGGAAGAGGAGGAAGAGAUUGAAAUGCUCUUGGAAAAUUAUCUUCAAAGAUGUGAAUCUUGUCAUGGUCAAGCAGAGAGGCUUCUUGAUUCAGCAAAGGAAAUGGAAGAUUCAAUUGCCGUUAACCUGAGUUCUCGGAGACUUGAGGUAAGUCGAGUAGAACUUCUCCUUCAGGUGGGGGCAUUAUGUGUGGGAGUUGGUGCCCUAUUUGCAGGUAUAUUUGGCAUGAACUUGAGAUCGCAUCUUGAGGAACGUGUGUUCGCCUUUUGGCUAACAACAUCAGCGAUUUUUGUGGGUGCUCUGCUUGGAUUCUUUAUCAUGUAUGCAUACCUCAGGCAAAAGAAGAUCUUGUAAACAUCAGAUAAAUGUCAUAAUCGGCACCAAAUGCAAUUUCGGUUGUGGACAUAAAUACAGGAUUAUAUAUGAAGGUGUUGGUAUAUAUAUACAGUUAAAAGAGCCCCUGCGGUAGUCAGUUGCUUAUGACAUGUGAUGCUGCAUCAUCUGAGUGUGAACCGACUGGAGGCUUUAUCAGUAUGUAACAUUAUCAUGUGAAGCACGAGACUAGUGAACAAGAGAAUUCAUAAUAAUGCAUUGUUGUAGGUGGUGGUGGUGAGUGGGUACCUAAUUCAUUGCUUACUCAUAUCCCAGGGUAGAUAUUUACCUCUUAGCUAAAUAAUGAUUAUUAGUGCUGAUUGCGACAUUAUGUUUGUAAGAAGCUUAGGAUGAGUACUGCUAUCUCAUUUCUACAUAUCUUCUAUUUUCAUAACUUUAACCUACUUUCA